AUGGAUGAAUUAGGUGGACACGCUGAACGCAGGAGACGUAAGCUUGUGCAUCUGGGUGAACGAUUUCAGAAACAGCUAUUCCAACUGCAACACCCCACCAACUGUUCUACUGCCAGAUUUGUUGAGACAAGACUGCCGAUGUGUGGAUUUGGCUGUCAAAUCCACCAUAUUGCGCUUGCAAUGCAACUAGCAAUAGCAACUAACAGAACACUGUUUGUGCAUGGCUUCGAUCAAAUCUUCCAUGGACUGUUUCUCCCUUUGACUAACUGCACAGCAAUUGGAAAACAUCAAUCCGUGAUUGAGCAAAAAAUUGUCACUUUUGCUACUGUAACUCCACUGUCACCUCCGGCACUGCCAGCUGAAUGGGCGAGUCUGCUUCAACCUCUACACGAGUCACCGUAUUUGUGGCUGCGUGGACACAUGAUUAAAUACGCGAUUCGUCUGAAAGACGCCUCUCUAUCGAAUCACACUAACUCAAUGGUUAUGAACCUUCGACGUGGUGGCUAUGGUCAAGUCUACGUCGGCAUCCACAUCCGUCGCACUGACAAACUCGUUAAGGAGGCCAAGUCGUUUUCCGUCAGUGCGUACAUGCAACACGUUGAGCAGCAUUAUCGAUUUAUAAGAACGUGUAAUGAGUUGAAAGGUAUGCUAAAUGAUACACGUAGGCGGAAUAUAUUUCUGGCUUUUGAUGAUCCAAAAGUGUGUUCAGAAGCCAGGCAAACGUAUUCCAUGUAUGCAUUUCAUGAGAAAGGGACAACAUUCCAGACCAACUCAGACGUGAAAUCGCGAGUUACAAAAGAGGGAAUUAAAUCAAUUUGCUUUGAUGUGAUGCUGCUGGCUUACGCCGACUUCCUCGUCUGCACGUUUUCCUCUAAUGUUUGCCGACUGGCGCAUGCCUUGAAACAGGCAUUGAAUGUUCACUACGGCGACCGCACACAGCAAACCGCUUCUGUAGACAUGAGUUAUUACAUCAUUGGCUCUCAAGAAAGCACAUGGAAAGUCUGGCUGGAUUACGCACCGCACGCAAAACGCGGCGAUCUCGUCACAGUGAACGAACACUCAAGAUUUGGCUAUGCGCAUAUAAACGGUACGGCCUGGGUACCACAAUUUAUCCUGCGAGAACAGUCUAUCCUUUUUCCGCCCUAA